UUUGUGACGCCAGUGCCUGUUUUUUCAGACGACGCCAACUCGGCGCCAUUUUGUCUCCAGCAGCUGUGGCAGAGAGAAGGCGCGGGAGCUUCGCUGAGAGACACACCUCGUGAAGAGGCGCCCACUCUAGAAGGAGCGAUGCGGUACUCCAAACAAACAGAUUAUUCUGACUGGGAUGAAAAACAGUAUGAGGAUCCCCAUCAAGGCAGCAGCCAUCAUAAGAGAAAAAGAAAAUCAUAUAGCAGUUCUCAUGACAGCAAGCGCUGCAAGUAUAAUGACACCCAAAUUUAUGAUAGCCUUUAUUCAGAUGCCAGUUCUUUCCAUGAAAGAGAUAAUCAUGAACGUCGCUAUGUUGAAUACAGAAACAACUUUAGCCAACUCUCUGAAAGCAAGCACCAUUGUCGGGACUAUGAAACUGGUUAUCACAAUCACAGUAGCAAGUCAUCAGGGCAUAGCGGCAGAAGCAGUUACAAAAGAAAACACAAGACUCGCCAUAGCAAAUCGCAUCACUCACACGCGAGGAGUCACCGAAGGAAAAGAUCGAGGAGUGUAGAGGAUGAUGAGGAGGGUCACCUGAUCUGUCAGAGUGGAGACGUACUAAGUGCAAGAUAUGAAAUUGUGUCUAUUCUGGGUGAAGGUGCUUUUGGAAAAGUAGUGGAGUGCCUUGAUCACAAAGCGGGUGGUAGACACGUGGCAGUAAAAAUAGUAAAAAAUGUUGAUAGAUACUCAGAAGCUGCUCGUUCAGAGAUAGAAGUGUUGGAGCACUUAAAUGCAACAGAUCCUCACAGCACAUUUUCCUGUGUCCAGAUGUUGGAAUGGUUUGAACACUACGGCCAUGUUUGCAUUGUAUUCGAACUAUUGGGAUUAAGUACUUAUGACUUCAUUAAAGAAAACAGUUUUUUGCCAUUUAGUAUGGAUCACAUCAGAAGAAUGGCAUACCAGAUCUGCAAAUCUGUCAACUUUUUGCAUUCAAACAAGCUAACUCAUACGGAUUUGAAGCCUGAAAACAUACUGUUUGUGAAGUCUGACUACACAGAAAAUUAUAAUUCCAAACUGAAACGUGAUGAGCGUAUACUGAAAAAUCCAGAUAUUAAAGUUGUGGAUUUCGGAAGUGCAACAUAUGAUCAUGAACAUCACAGCACUCUUGUGUCUACAAGGCAUUAUAGAGCUCCUGAAGUUAUUUUGGCUUUGGGGUGGUCGCAGCCAUGUGAUGUUUGGAGUAUUGGUUGCAUUCUUAUUGAAUAUUACCUUGGAUUCACAAUUUUUCCGACACAUGACAGUAAAGAACACCUGGCAAUGAUGGAAAAAAUAUUGGGGCCAUUACCAGUGCAUAUGGUCCAGAAAACUAGAAAACGCAAGUACUUCCACCAUGACCAGUUGGAUUGGGAUGAACAUAGUUCUGCUGGCAGAUACGUUUCAAGACGUUGCAAGCCACUGAAGGAAUUUAUGCAGUGCCAUGAUGCUGACCAUGAAAAUCUAUUUGACCUCAUACGCAAGAUGUUGGAAUAUGAUCCUGCCAAACGAAUUACGCUUGCAGAAGCUUUGGAGCAUCACUUCUUUUCCUCACUAAAAAAAUAUAGUUCUGUAGCUCAUUAAUAACUGCAUCAGUCAAAAAAUCCAACUGAUUUUUUAAGUAUUUAUUUUGUAAUUCUGUAAAUUUCUUUUCAUACAGUUGUGUCCAAUUUAUUGACCUAGGUCUCAAUAAAAAACUUUCUUAAAA